AUAUAGUUAAAUAAUAUUUUUGAAGAUGUAACUAUGGGAUUUUUAAGAGAUGGCAUUAUUAUAUCAUGAAUAAAUAGUAGCAUAGUAAAAAUGUGCAGGCAACACGUUUGAAAUGUGGUGGAAUAAUAGUGGCAUGCGCUUUUGAUCAUCGCAUAGCAGAUGCAUACUCAGCAAACAUGUUCCUAGUAUCAUGGGCCAAGAUAGCCCGGCCCAUGAAGCCCACUACCGUGGCCACCACCUCGGCACAACCGUGUUUUCGGCGCUCCCUCCUCAUCCCUCGACGUCCUCUCUGCAUCCAGCCUUCCCUUGACGACAUGUAUGUCCCCAUGAAUUCCCUUCCACCACCAUCUGAACUCGAACCCAAACCCGAACCCGAUAAUUUUGACUCACUCAUAAGCCGGAUAUAUUACAUCACUGCUGAUCAACUCUGCCGCAUUCAAUCACUUGCAAGCUCAUCAUUAGAUCAUAUCAAGAAUCGUACAAAGCUUGAAUCUUUCUCCGCGUUCUUGUGGAAGAUGGUUGCCAUGGCUACAUCCUCCACCACCACCACCACCGGUGGCGGAAAAAGGCUUGUUGCCAAGAUAGGUGUGGUGGUUGACGGAAGGAAGAGGCUGAGCAACGGUGACAAAAGCAAAGAAGCUACGAUGGAUAGUUAUUUUGGCAAUGUUGUUUCCAUCCCUUUCGGUGGGAAACCGGUAGAGGAGUUGGUGGAGAAGCCGUUGAGUUGGGUGGCAGAAGAGGUUCACAAGUUUCUGGAAACGGCAGUGACGGAAGAACACUUCCUAGGGCUCAUUGAUUGGGUGGAAAAGCACCGUCCCUCACCAGUGUUGGCCAGAAUUUAUUGCGGCAACACAACUGAUGUGGGACCCGCUCUUGUGGUGUCUUCUGGUCAAAGAUUUCCCGAGUCAGAAUUUGACUUUGGUUGGGGAAAACCUGUGUUUGGAUCAUACCAUUUUCCUUGGGGUGGUGAUGCUGGAUAUGUGAUGCCAAUGCCAAGUCCCAAGAGAAAUGGUGAUUGGGUGGUGUACAUGCACCUUCUCAAACCCCACAUACAUUUCAUUGAGUCUAUUGCAAAUGAUGUCUUUAAGCCCUUCACUUGGGAUUACCUCAACAAUUAACAUUUACUUCAUGAUUUGUUGCUUAAUUAAAUUCGCUUUUGAUUCUUGUCGUUGCUGGUGUGCUUGUAAUAUUUAAGAACGGUGGAAAUUCAGGUGCAGUCGAUACGAGAAGUUGAUAACUGAGAGUUGUUAGAUGAUUUGAUUGAUUUGACUAAAUUUUUAUCUAACGACUUUCGACUAUCAACUUCGUGAAGUCAACUACACCUGAGUUUUCACUUUUAAGAAUAUAAUA